GAGUUGGGUUCUGCCGUCCGCCCGCCAAGAUGCUCACAACCCACCCCUCUCUUUCUUCUUGUAUACUCCUGGAUAGAUAAACGUUAAUGUAUAGAUUCUUGACACUCGCCACUCACAUUCAUAAUGACUUCGCAAGACCGAUUGACAACCGCCCUCAACCGAAACAAAGAAUGGGCGGCCCAGACCGCGCAACAGCACCCAGACCUCUUCCCCACAUUAGCCGCCGGCCAACAACCUGAGAUCCUCUGGAUCGGCUGCUCCGACUCGCGAUGCCCGGAGACAACCAUGCUGGGCCUCAAGCCCGGCGACGUCUUCGUCCACCGCAACAUCGCCAACGUGUUACAUGCCGCAGACCUCAGCUCCUCGGCGGUAAUCGAGUACGCCGUGCACCACCUGCGCGUCCGCCAUGUCGUCAUCUGCGGCCACACUUGCUGCGGGGGCGUCGCGGCCGCCAUGGGCAACAAGCAGCUAGGCAUCCUCGACCCGUGGCUGAUGCCGCUGCGCCAGCUGCGCGAGCAGCACCUGGCGACGCUGCAGUCGCUGUCGCCUGAGGAAGCGAUGCUGCGGCUGGCGGAGCUGAACGUGCAGGAGGGUCUGAGGCUGCUGAAGCAGAAGAAUGUGGUGUUGGAGGCUGUUGAGCAGCGCGGGCUGCAGUUGCAUGGUCUGAUAUAUGAUGUUGGGAGUGGGGUGCUUCGCCCUAUGGAUACUGAUGAGCCGGAGGAGGCGGGUAAGGCGCGGUUGAUUGCGUAUAAGACGGAGUGAUAGCAUUGAAGACGGAGCAAUAGGCAUUCAUAUAUCUCCUUUUUCUUUCUAGCGCGUGUCGGAUGAUUUGCGCUAGACAAGAUUCCUGUGUUCAGCAAAGUUUAGAGAGCGAAGCGUCAUGAUU